CUCCCUACAUUGUUUAUCACCAGCUUUAGUUUAAUUGGAUGUAUGGAGUAACCCUACUCUGCUCACCCCGUUUAGAAAAAGGAAAGCGGAUCAUGAUAUUCAGGUGUUCAAAAGUUGAGGCUAGCUGAUAGCAUCCCUCAGGAUAUUAGUUGAGGUUUUGGAAUUGGCUGGAAUUGCUCGUGAUUUUAAGUAUACAAAAACUGAAACUUGCUAUAUAAUCUAUGUUAUUCUGAGAUCAUUGAGGCUUAAUUUUAGAAGGGUUAUGGAAGGUUACUUUGAGAAAUUUACCUUGCGCCCUUGUGGUAAUCUGGAAAAGCAAGGAAGAUGUGAUAGCCCACUAAUGAAGAUUAUUUAACUACCCUUGAGAGUAUAAUACAAGAUGCAGGAAUGCCUUCAGGGCUGCAAAUAUAUUGAAACAUGUUCAUGGGGAAUGUUAAACUCUUUUGGGAUUAAGGCUUGGAUGUUGUUGCUGUUGAUGCUCAUAGGGAACUUAGGUAUUAGUCAGUAACUUUUGGGAAUGUGUAAUUGCCAUGGCCGCUCUUUACAUCAUUGGAACCUCAAAUCACUCCAACAACUCUAUACUCUGAAACCCUUUCUUUUAUUAAGAUCUUCUUCUCCUUGUUCUUUAUCCUUAUUCCACUGCUUCUCUCAUUUGAUAACUCGCCAUAAACCUCAACGUAAUUGGAGCACUACCCAUUCCUUCAUCCUCUCUAACCCCCUCCUUUCUUUUCUUGAAAACCAAUGCAAAUGCAUGGCCCAUCUCAAGCAAAUUCAGGCCCAAAUGGUCACCACUGGCCUAUUUUCAAAUGGAUUGGCAUCUAGUCGCUUGAUUGCCUUUUGUGCUAUCUCAGAAAUGGGAAGUCUUCAUUACUGCAAAGCAUUGCUGUAUCAUAUCCUAAACUCAAAUUCAUUUUCUUGGAAUGUUGCUAUCAGAGGUUUUAGUGAAAGCCAAACCCCAAUUGAAGCUUUAUUUUUGUAUAAAGACAUGUUAGUGUGCGUCAACAAUGAAAAUGAUUCUGACGAUGCUUUAAGGCCAGACAAUUAUACUUUUCCAUUGUUGUUUAAGGUUUGUGGCAGAAUGUCAUUGUCCUACAUGGGUUUUGAGAUUCUUGGGCAUGUUACAAAAAUGGGUCAUUAUCAAGAUAGGUUUGUGCACAAUGCUUUGGUUCACUUCUUGGUGUGUUCUGGAAAGUUUGAAGUUGCAGAGAAGGUGUUUGGUGAAAUUUGUGAGAGAGAUGUGGUUUUGUGGAAUUCGUUGAUUAACGGGUAUGUAAAGAGUGCAAAACCUCGUGAGGCACUGAGCGUUUUUAGGGAAAUGAGAAUUGAGAAAGUUGAGCCGGACGAGAUCACUAUGAUUGGAAUAGCUUUAGCAUGCGGGCAGCUCAAAGAUUUAGACCUUGCUGUGAAUUUUCAUAGAUAUGUUGUAGAAAAGGAAAUAAAUUUAUCUUUACCUCUAUGUAAUUCACUUAUGGACAUGUAUGUGAAAUGUGGGGAUCUUGAGAAAGCAAAGGCUUUGUUUGGUAGCAUGAGGGGAAGGACUGAUGUCACUUGGACAACUAUGAUAACUGGGUAUGCAAAGUUUGGUUUUUUAAACAAUGCAAGAACGUUGUUUGAUGAGUUUCCACACAAGAGCAAUGUUGUCACUUGGAAUGCUAUGAUUGGAGGAUACGUGCAAGCCUAUUGUGGAAAAGAGGCUUUGGUUUUAUUUCAAGACAUGCAAGCAAUGAAUGUCAAGCCUGACGAGGUGACCUUGGUUUGUUGUCUAUCUGCUUGCUCACAAGUAGGAGCUUAUGAAAUGGGAUGUUGGAUUCAUCAUUACAUCAAACUCCACAAUCUCUCUCUUAAUGUCUCUCUUGGGACUGCUCUAAUUGACAUGUAUGCUAAGUGUGGCAAUUUUGAGAAGUCAAUUCAGGUUUUCCAUGAGAUGCCGAUGAAAAAUGCUAUGACUUGGACAGCUGUUAUAGGUUCCCUAGCACUUCAUGGAGAUCCACACAAGGCCUUAUCACAUUUCAGAAUGAUGGUUGAUGAUGCCGGUCUUGAACCGGAUGAUAUCACAUUUCUUGGGGUCCUCUUGGCCUGUAGGCAUGGAGGUUUAGUUGAUGAGGGCCGUAAGGUUUUUGCUGAAAUGACCUCAAGAUUUAACAUUUCCCCGAAAUCAAAACAUUAUUCCUGCAUGGUUGACCUUCUUGGUAGAUCCGGUUUUCUAGAAGAGGCAGAGACAUUGAUAAUGAGUAUGCCAAUCAAUGCAGAUGCUUCUGUUUGGGGAGCCCUAUUCUGUGGUUGUCAAAUCCACAGGAAUGUUGAGUUGGGCGAAAAGGCAGCCUUUAGACUUCUUCAGUUGGAUCCAAAUGAUAGUGGGAUUUAUGUUCAGCUUGCGAACAUGUACAUAGGAUUAAAUAUGUGGCAUAAAGCUAGGGAAGUGAGGAAGAUGAUGACCAAGAGAGGGUUAGAUAAAACUCCCGGCUGUAGCUCCAUUGAAGUGAAUGACAACUUUUUUGAAUUUACUGUUAGAAAUGGGUUUCAUGUUGACUCAAAUGAUAUUAUGAAUGUCUGAUUCUGUUGACAAGACGAACAGAAGUACAGAACACCGUGGAUUUUACACUGAAUUGGCGUUUACUUAUGACUAUCAGAUGCGGUGAAUUUGAAUCAAUGCACAGGAGAAAGUGUGAGUGGAACUAUAACAUGAGCCAAAUUGCCACAUCAACAGGCCAACAUGGAGAUGGAGGCAAUAUACAAUGGCGUCAUAUGUGGCAGCAGUUCUGUUGUUGUGGGUUGCUGGAUGAGUCGCGUGACUGUAAUAGUUUCCUUUGUCAUUCCUUUUGAGUGCAGCAGCACGAAUGAGGCUGUGAUUAAGGUAACGGCAGGUGAAGUUGAUUUUGUAGUAGGAUGGCAGCGGGCUUUUCCAAUAAUUAAGACUGGGUGGUUUGGCUUUUUUAGGCUGACCCGUUCCUGUAUCUAUCAGGGAUCAACAGAUAGGCUCCCUAAUUUGGAGUCUGGCAGUCAUCUACUCAUCUUCUUAGGUAAGAAUAGCCACAUUCACUCGUAGUUGGCAGCUAGGAUGCACGGAAAUGCCAAAUAGGUGCAGGUUUCCGCUUCCGAAACGUUCCGAAAACGGGAAACGUCCGGAAACACGUUGAAACGUCAACCCGCGUCUCGGCCCAUUUUUGGGUCAGGUGUAGAUCCGGAAACGCCGGAGGAAACGCCACAUCAGCCCAUAGAAACGUUCCCGGGCCAAAAUUUUUAUAAAAAAAUAACACAGCGGCCCAACCAGGUUAAUCGUCCGCAAGGGAACCUGCCAGCUCCAGAUCCGGAAAGAUCCAGUUCCGUCGAUUGCAGCUCCAGCCAGCUUCGCCCUUCGUCCUUCCGCCUUCGCCGAUUGCAGCCGCCCUUCACCCUUCAGGUUAUGUGCCACCCGGUUAUAAUAAAUUGAGGACCACUUUGUUACAACAAGACAAGGCUAAUGUUGAGAGGUUAUUACAAUCACUCAAAGUUACUUGGCGGGAAAGAGGCGUGACAAUUGUGAGCGGUGGUUGGAGUGAUCCUUAGAGGAGACCUAUAAUUAACUUCAUGGCAACUUUCAGAAGCGGUCCUAUGUUUCUUAAAGCUGUUAAUUGCAUGGGUGAAGUGAAAUCGUAAGAAUUUAUUGCUAAUUUAAUGAAAGAAGUUAUUGAUGAGAUAUGCCAUCUAAAUGUGGUUCAGGUUAUCACCGACAAUGCUUCAAAUUGCAAGGGAGCGGGAGAAAUCAUUGAAAGUAUGUAUCCACACAUUUAUUGGAUACCAUGUGUUGUGCAUACCUUAAAUCUUGCUUUAAAUAAUAUUUGUGCUGCAAAAAAUGUGGACAAUAACAUAUAAGUAUAUGAUGAAUGUCAUUGGAUCACCGAAAUUCAUGGUGAUGUUGUUCACAUAAAGAAUUCCAUCAUGAAUCAUACGAUGAGGUUGUCCAUCUUUAACAAAUUCGUGUCCCUCAAAUUACUUUCUGUUGCGGACACCCGAUUUGCUUCUAUUAUUGUAAUGCUUAAGAGAUUUAAGCUUAUUAGACGUGCUCUCGAAGCUAUGGUGUUGAGUGAUGAGUGGGCUUCUUAUCGUGAGGAUGAUCACGGUAAAUCAAGGUUUGUGAGAGACAAAGUUUUGAGUGAGUAUUGGUGCCUUGGUGGGAUCAAUCAAACUACAUUCUUGCUUUCUCAGAUCCUAUUUAUAGUAUGAUUCGAGCAUGUGAUACAGAUAAGUCAUGUCUUCAUUUUGUGUAUGAGAUGUGGGAUUCAAUGAUUGAAAAAGUCAAAAUCCAAAUCUACAAGCAUGAAGAAAAAUCUCUUGAUUCAUAUAGUGCGUUCUUCAACAUAGUAUAUGAUAUUCUUGUGGCAUGAUGGGGAAAUAGUUCAACACCAUUUCAUUCAUUUAGCUCUUUCAUUAAAUACAAGGUAUUACAUAAAUUUUUCUAAUUAUUUAUUUCAAUUAUUUUAUUUAAUAUUUAUACUUUUUUUUACUCGGAAGGCAAACCACCAAAAUCAGUGGGGUAAAUGCCGGGUGUCAUUUACCAGAGUUUUAUUAGAUGAUAAAGUGGUUACAUGAGAGGAGGACUAGACCAAAGCCUCUCAAAGUUACACAUACUGAAAAUUGAGACAGAAAAAAUAAACCAACAUUUGGGGGGCUAGACCUGACCCAAAUGUACAAGAUUAAAAAUGAAGAGAAAGAAUAUCAAAAAAGUCUAACCAAUAAGCCUGUUUAGCACAAAUGGGCAGUUGCUUUGGGCUAUCAUAUGUGCUGAAGGUAUCAUUUGGGCCAGAUGGUGGGCAAACCAGUUCCCUUCCCUCAGGGUAUGCCCGAACAAAACGCCUUUCCUAUAGAUCUGCAGUUUCCAAUAUCAAGCCUCUCCAGCUUCUUGAAGGUUUUCCUUUGAUGUACUCAAGAGCGAGAGAAGAAUCCGACUCCACAAGGAUAUCCUCAUAUCCUUCCUCUGUCGCCCACUUCACUGCAUGAAAGAUAGCUUUCAACUCACCCUCCGACGCCGAGCUAGCUUGCAGAGGAAAGCUUAUUGCCUGAGUCAUCACUCCGCUCCUAUCUCGAAGUAUCGCUCCUCUUGAAGCUUUGGAAGAUAAGUAUCUUGCAUCUACGUUCAGUUUCCAUUUUUGCUUCGGUCUCUUCCAUUUUACAAUCUAUGGCCGUGCAUGAUUUAUCCUGAUAUUUAAUUUUUAUACUUUAAAAUGUAUUUUUAUGUUAUUAGAUUUUAUAGUGAAGUUUGGCUUGAUGAGGAUCCCGCCUGAGCCCCUCCUCAUAGAGAUGGUGAAAUCUCUCAAGAGAGGAUGAAGUGUUUUCGAAGGCUCUAUCCAAACGCUGAAGAUUAUGAUAAGGUUUUGGAUGAAUUUGCUUCCUUUUCACUUAAGAUAGGAGCGUUUGCAGAUAUUACAUCUCUUUCAAAGAUAGGAAACAUGGAUCCAAAAAAUUGGUGGUCAAACUUUGGUGCUCAAACACCAAUCCUUCAAUCACUUGCUUUUAGAGUGCUUGGUCAACCUACUCCUUCAUCUUUUUGUGAACGUAAUUGGAGCACGUACUCAUUUAUUCAUUCACUUAGAAGGAAUAAAUUAACUCCUAAACGUGCAUAGGAUUUGGUGUUUGUGCACAACAACCUUCGCCUCUUGUCAAGGAGUUCUGACCAAUAUACAGAUGAGAAGACUAAAAUGUGGGACGUUGGAGGAGAUGAAUUUGGCAAUCUUGAAGGAAUGGGAUAUCUAGAAUUUGCUAAUUUGUCAUUAGAUGAGCCUGAACUGGAGAGUGUGUUUAUUACCGAAUGAAUUAUUUAGUUGUGUCCUUUUUAUUAAUUAUUCAUACAAUGGAUGACAAACAAUGUUGAUGUUUGGUUUAUUUAUUUCCUAAUUAAUGCAUGUAAACAUGACCUAUUUUAAUAGUCAUCUAGUUUUAUUACUAA